AUGGCUGGAUCAUCAAGACAAUUACCUGAAGAAGCGAAAAAGCAAGUUCAAAACCAUAUUAAUAGUUUCCCUAAUUUUGAAUCCCAUUAUACCAGAUCUCAUAAUCCUAAUAAAAGAUAUCUACAUCCUGAUCUAACUAUCAGGAAAAUGUUUAAUUUAUACGAACUUCACCGCGAGGAAAAUGGAAUAAAAGCCGUUAAUGAGUGGACUUAUAGGAAAAUAUUUAAAAAAGAUUUUGAUUUACAUUUCCACCAACCGCUCAAAGAUACAUGCCAAAAAUGCGACUUAUUAAACAUUAAAAUUAAAGCAUCGAAUAAUGAAGAAGAAAAGAAUAAACUCACCGAAGAACACGAUGUCCAUUUAAGACUAGCAGAAUCAGCUAGAAAUUCACUAAAACAAGCUCAGGAACUAGUAUCACUUUGGGAUGAAACUAUUGCAUCCAGAGGUGCUCAAGAAGUUGUUUCAUGCAUCUUAAAACAUAUUAAAAAAUUAAGAAGUGAAAAACACAUCAUAGCUUACAGUGACAUGUGCACCGGGCAAAAUAGAAACAUUAAAGUAGCUUUAAUGUGGUUGAAAAUUGUUCAAGCUUUGACUAAUAAUGUAGAAAUUAUUGAUCAUAAAUUUUUAAUAUCGGGACAUUCAUUUUUACCAAAUGAUAGAGAUUUUGCCGUG